AAAUAGGUUUCAUGGACAGAAUCCAGUCCUAAACAGCCAUUUUUUUGUAAUGCAAUCUCUUUCCUUUACGAAGAGGCUGUUUAGUUUUACUUCUGAUUAUAUGUGUCUACAACAACGGAAUUGUGCAGGUUCCUCUCUUGCAUUUUGUUUUCAGGGCAGGAAUUUCCUUAAUUUUCCUGGCAAGCUGGUGCAUGAACUAUUGACUCUUUUUGUCCCUAGCUUGGCUUCCUAGGAGGGAACGAUCACUUUGCAUUUAAUAAGACAGUACUAUGGCUGACCAGAUCUUGUUCAUUCUUCUUACUAUCUUACCUGUCGCCCUCCUUCAACAAGAUGGAAAUGUCUUUCUGAAGCAUGAAAAGGCUCAUAAUGUGUUAUCGAGAUUUAAACGUGCAAAUUCACCAUUUGAAGAAUUCAAGAAAGGAAACCUGGAAAGAGAAUGUGUUGAAGAAGUCUGCUCCUAUGAAGAGGCGCGGGAAUAUUUUGAGAAUGACGAGGCCACGAAAGAAUAUUGGAGUGUGUACUUUGAUGGAGAUCAGUGCAGUUCAACUCCUUGUAUGUAUGGUGGCUCGUGUAAAGACGGCAUUGGUGAAUACACCUGCUUUUGUAAUCCUGGAUAUGAAGGCAAAAACUGUGAAACAGUUAUACUAAAACUAUGCAGCUUAAACAAUGGUGAUUGCGAUCAGUUCUGUAAAGUGGUUGACAGAAAUGUGGUCUGCUCCUGUACUAACGGAUACGUUCUAGGGGAUGAUGAGAAGUCCUGCAUUCCAACUGAUAAAUAUCCCUGUGGAAAAAGAACAUUAGGAAGAUAUAAGAGGUCACUAAACAAUUCCACUGAAGAAAAUAUAAAUAAAACUCAUGUGAAUCCUGUGACACCCAUUGACACCGAUAGUGAAAUGGGUAUUUUUGAUGAAGAAGGAGAUGGUCGGAUUGUGGGUGGAAGAGACUGUAAACUUGGUGAAUGUCCCUGGCAGGCUGUUUUACUAAAUGAAGAAAAUGAAGCAUUUUGUGGAGGAACCGUAUUAAGUCCACAAUUCAUUCUUACUGCAGCUCACUGCAUGAAUCAGACCCGGUAUUUCAAAGUAGUUGUUGGAGAGCUAAAUCUGAAUAAGAUUGAAGGAACUGAAUCUACACAUAAAGUGGACAAAUAUAUUUCACAUCCAAAGUUUGUUAGGUUAACCUACGAUUAUGAUAUAGCAGUGAUAAAGCUAAAAGAAGCCAUCAACUUCACUGACUACAUUAUUCCUGCAUGCAUUCCUGAUCCGGACUUUGCUGAACAAGUGUUGAUGAAUGAACCAAUGGCUAUGGUAAGCGGUUUUGGACGUAUUCAUGAACGUGGGGUUCAAGCCACAAAGCUUCAGAUGCUCAACAUCCCAUACAUUAAAAGACAACUUUGUAAAGAAUCCAGCAAGUUCGCAAUCACAGAAAAUAUGUUCUGCGCUGGUUAUGACAAAGAAGUCAAAGAUGCCUGUCAGGGAGACAGUGGAGGUCCACAUGUCACCCCUUUCAAAGACACCUUCUUUGUUACUGGAAUAGUCAGCUGGGGAGAAGGCUGUGCACAAGAAGGCAAAUAUGGAGUAUACACAAAAGUAUCACACUUAUACAAGUGGCUGAGAGGAGUACUGCGAAGACACGCCUAAGAAAAUUUUAAUUUGACAAAUCUGUCCUUGAUAAAAUCUAAUAGUCAAAAUCUGCAGAUAUACUCGAUACACCCUAGCCUGUUAGUUCCUUGAGGCAAUGUAUUUUAUGUACUCUGCCUUUGUGUCAACAUGUGCUAAUACAAAUGAUUAGGCUAAAUGCAUGGCGGCCAAGCUUCAACCACACUGCCUCUUCUGUUCUGCUUUAACUUUGUUUCAUACAAUAAAUUGCAUUUUAGUAUCAAAUAA